UCCAACAUUAGUUCCCCCCCUGGUGCUACAUCUAAACGCGUCCCCCGACGAGGCGGUGGUGUUUUCUGCAGCCCAGUGACGGAGCUCUGACCCCGCUGAUAGCUUGAAUGAGAGCUGGCAGUGGUGUCACAACGAAUUUAAACAAACAAACACAUAAAUGGCGAAGAGGAAGCCUGCAGCGUGAACCCCAGACACUCAACACCACGUUGCACCGGCUCAGUCUGCAGACACGCUUCUUCUUCUUCUCCUCUAAGCGAGGCUCUCUCCGGCCUGCAACAUGUCCACCACGUCGCUGGAUAAAGAGCUGCAGGAGCGGCUGAGGGAGGCGUCCGCCAUCGGGGACAUAGAUGAGGUGCGGACGCUGGUGGAGAGUGGAGUCAACGUGAACUCACAGAACGAGAUCAAUGGCUGGACAUGUCUGCACUGGGCAUGCAAGAGGAACCACAAGCACAUAGUGUCCUACUUACUCAGUUAUGGAGCCGACAAAGAAAUCCUCACGGCCAAGGAUGAGUUGGCCUCCCAACUCACGUCCAAACCAGAGAUCAAACGGCUUUUAGGAGUUGAAGUGGAGGAUGUGCCUGAAGUCAAGGAGCCCGAGUUGCCAAUCAUCCCCAACUACCUGUCCAACCCGGCCUUCAUGUAUUCCAAGAUGGAUAGGUCAGAGCUCAUCCUGGCCCAGCACGUCGCACAGAACGGUUCUGGAGAACACGCCGAGGACACGCACAGCGACUCGCCCUCCCUCUCCCCAACUCAUGAGCCUCACAAAUCCCAGAGCCUGCUCUCCGACGGCCCCACACCUCCACCCAACCCCCCCACCCACAGCCAAGCACAUGGGGAGUUCAUUCCUGUGACUGAGCAAAACGGAGUGUCGCCCGGCCCGGCCUCCUCCCACAGCCACGCCGUCGUUAACUGCACGGUGCCCAUGGACCUGUCAGUGGAACCGCACCUUGUCAACCACACCGACUACCCGCACACAGUGACGCACAACGGCACCAUGUGCUCGCCCCCGUUGGCCUCGCCCAGCCCCAGUUUGGCCAGCAGCAGUGGGAGCCAGGUCCAGGCCCCGGUGGCCGGCGGUAACCCGUCUAUGAGCAGGCAGCAGUCCAUCCCACAGCAGCUGAGCUACGGCCGCGGGGGGCCCAUGGCGGCCUUCCAGCCUUUCUUCUUCACCAGCACAUUCCCUGUCAACGUGCAAGAGUUGGUGCUGAAGGUGCGUAUUCAGAACCCCAACGCUCGAGAGAACGACUUCAUCGAGGUGGAGCUGGACCGCCAGGAGCUCACCUAUCGUUCCCUUCUGAGGGUCUGCUGCCGGGAGCUGGAUAUCGGCGCUGAGCACGUGGAGAAGAUCCGCAAGCUGCCGAACACCAUGUUGAGAAAGGAUAAGGACGUGGCUCGGCUGCAGGACUUUCAGGAGCUGGAGGUUGUGUUGGAGAAAGCAGAGGGCUUGUCCCUGUUCUCUGGGACCGGGGGCCUAACGGACCGGCCCUGCUACAACAUGAAGGCCUCCCGCCUCACCUACUAGAGCUCCACCAGCGGCCGAGGCCUCCCCGCUUUCGAUGGGGCUUCUGUAGCUGCCCUCAAGCAACCAUAACUAGUUGCCCGCCCAGGUCCCAUGUAACAGCUUAGUCCAGCUUUGGUGUUUCGCCAAUUUCCUAACUGGGAUUAGUUUUUUCAAGUUCUGUAGCUAUUGUCCUCCUCUGGCACCUCCUGCCGCUUUAGUGUACCCAACCAGUUGUAAGCGAUUACUGAUGCAUGGUGUCCUCGAUUAUGUGCGAAAGUAUUUGGGCCCUCUUCUCCUCUCUUUAUCUCUUUCUCUCCUCCCACUGCACUUUGUGCCAAGGCUCCAGUGGGACAACAGAGGGAGGCAUUGGCUUGUCUUCCUUAUGGACCGGACUUGAAUGGGGAUUCUGUAAAAGCCUUAUUUGGACACAUGCCUGUACUGACUGCGGACUGUGGUCACAAAGAAAAAGACCAGAGCGCCGAGGACGACAGGAAGGAUUUACAUAACUCUUGCCAAUAAGUUCAUCAUCGGUCCACAGAGUAGGAGAAGUCGGACUUGCACACAGCAACUUGAAAUUCUAGGAAGUUGGUGUAUUGGGUGUUAUCAGAUGUUCUAGCUGGCAUGCACACUUUCAUACUUGCUGGAGGCAUAAACCUCAGUGUCUUUCCUGCAGAGGGCAUCACAUACAUAUUCUAAGGUGGAGGUAAUCUCUCACCAGGUGAGAUGAAGGUAUCUUUGGACUAAUAGUACUUCUAUACAUACAGUCUGCUUUAAUCUAUAUCCACACAAGGAUGGACACAUCUGAGUAGGAGUACUGGCUCCCCUACAUGUUUUCAAAUCAUUCAUACACUGUGGAAACAAAAUAAUUAGUUUUGUUUGAAUUGCUCUCUUUUGUGUCUUUUCAUGUCGGACACAAAUUGAUAUCUUCGAGAUCAAUGUGCAGCAACUCAUUUUUGUUGCUACUGUGUAUUCGCACUUCUGUUCUGCAGGUUGUGCUCUAAGGUUCAGUCAGCGUAAUACUCAAACUGUCAACUGUGAAGUAUUUAUUUUUAAUGUUUGAUUUGUAUUGAUUCGUACUAACGAAGCGAGAACAUGAGCUCUAGAGUAGCGAUGCUCCAGUCCCGGUAAAGGUUGUGUGUGAGGCUCCCCACUCGGUUUAUUUUUAAGUUUAUUUCAGUUGCUGUCAUUCUGUGUUUAGAAUCCAAACCAAAAACUAAUCUAGCCAGCAAAGAUACUAACUGCAGAAUAAACUAUCACUGCUUCAGAGGAGAAUGCAGCCGUGUAACAUUUGUUUUCCACAAUUCAAGAGGAAAGAAAUAAGAUUUAGCAAAUGGCAUGAUGUGUGUGACACUUUUAUGAUUGAGUGCUUCCUUGUUCUUCCAGCACUAAUCUAAAUUCUUAUUGCGGAUUAUUUCUAAUUAUUGUAAUUUUUGUUGCUUGUGUCACCUCAAUUUAAACUUAAGCUGUCUAUAUGGUGACUAGAUUUCUUUAAAAUAUCCUUAUAAGGCCUCAGUUUGGUUAUCAAGGCCAGUCUAGUGCUACUAUUGUUUUUUCUUUAACACAUAUUUGAUGUUAUUUUGUUCUUUUCGGUUGCUUAAUCAGAAGUGUUGCUGUUUGACUUAAAUCCAAAACUGACAAAAGGGUUACACUAAAAACCUACUUGUCCUGUACAUAAAGAGUUUAACAGGUCAAGAGGUGCAGCCAUGUUGAGUCGGAUGGCAACGUUUAUGCUGCUUUCAUCAACACUUUCUCUUCCUUUUUAAAUUCUCAAUGCUGGGCCUCAUUUAUUUAAAGCAGAGCAGCAGGCGGCCACUACACAUCUCCUACAAUCAAAAGGUUUCCUACCCAGUGGUAACUGUUUACUGUCGAAAUGUAUACCUGAAGCUCUUACUGCAUUUGUAUGUUUUAUGAUAUAUAUCUUUUUUUUUUUAACCAGUUAGGCCUGUUGUGUUUGUGUCAAAAAGUCUUAACUAUUGUGCAGGAAAGAGUUCAGUAAUGGGGAUAAAAAAAGAACUGCGAUGCUGGUGUUGAAGCAAAGUGCAAUGUGGGGGGAAGAGUAUGUUAUCAGAAAGUUUGCUGUGAGAAGAAAGGACGACCAUGAGUGCUUAUUUUCAGAUCUUAACUAUGUUAAAGGCUUUAUUGAGUGACGUUGUGCCACAUGUUUAAGGCACUAUGAUGGAGAAAACAUCCACCGGCUGUUUGCUGUUCUGGGUGAGUGAGAGCAGCAUGUUUGAAAUGGGUUUUUUAUAGGAUCGCCUUUGAUCCUGUGGAAAGGAGAUGACUAACAUUGUAUUUGUUGGGUUGCUUAUUGUUCUAGAGAAAGCAGAAUACAGUUUGACUUAACCUAUGCAUUCAGAGUCUGAUAUUUUUAUAUACAGUGCUUCCUGUGCACUCGUAGAAGAUGAUCUUCACUGUUUAAGUUGUGUUCUUUCGAUGCGGAGACCUGUAUGUGUUCUUUGAUAAAGCAUGGUGAAUUACUUCCCUCUUUCUCUCUGACCACGUCUCUUCUAAAUUCAUAUUAUGGCCAUCUGACUAAUUGAAGUAACUUUGAUUUAAUGAGUUUUAGUAUCGCUCUUAAUGCUCAUUUUAAAUGAAGGGACCAAUUACAUGUUUGUCUGGCUUUUGUUGCAGGUCUUCCUUUGUUUGUACCUGCAUGUGUGUGUGUUGGAUGUUGAUGUAAACUCCCCAAUAAUUCACUGAAAUGUUUGUAUCAACCGAAGGCCACUAGAGGGAGCAGAAGAGCAAAUAUUGGCUUUUUCGAUCAGCCGCAUAGGUAAUGCCACUUUAAUUCAUAAUAUAAGGAUAGCUUUUUUUGUUUUGCUUGGAUUUAAUUGAAUAUAAAAAAGUAUUUAAAAACCUG